UGUAUUCAGUCUGGAUCUGCCCUGAGAGAGUGUGCAACAUCAGGUUCCUCCUCCUCCAUCAUGGAGAUCACCUGCUUAGACUCUGUCAGGCUGGUGAAUGGGACCAGUCUGUGCUCAGGCAGACUGGAGGUGAAGACUAACCAGUCCACCCAGCGCUGGUCCUCAGUGUGUAAAGAUGACUUUGACCAGCAGGAUGCAGAGGUGGUCUGUAGGGAGCUUGGCUGUGGGCCUCCUUCAGUCCUCCAGGGGGUGCUCUAUGGAGAAGUGGAGGCUCCAAUGAGGACCAAAGAGUUCCAGUGUGGAGGCAACGAGUCUGCUCUCCUAGACUGUAGAAGCUCAGAUAGAAACAACUGCUCAUCUGGAAAAGCUGUUGGACUCACCUGCUCAGAUCUUGUCAGGUUGGUGGGAGGAUGGAGUCGCUGUACUGGAACACUGGAGGUGAAACAGGGAGACUGGAGAUCAGUGGAUGGCUCUGACCAGACCCCGAAGGAAUCAGCAUCUGUUUACUGUAGAAAGCUGAGCUGUAGCUCUGCUCUUUCAGUAGGAAGGAUAGAGGACUCCAACAGAUCUGCAUGGAAGAUCAACUCCGACUGUGUUCAGUCUGGAUCUGCUCUGAGGGAGUGUGUAACACCAUCGUCUUCGUCUUCCUCCGUCCUGGAGCUCACCUGUUUACAUCCAGCAGCUGUUAUCAUAAGACUGGUCGUCCUGCCGCUGACUCUGCUUUUGAUCACCAUUGUCAUCUAUAUCAUCAUGAAGGCUACCAGGGGGAAGAAAUUGGACCCGCAGGAGAACAUUGAGCUGGAUAAUUAUAACCUCAGUGUUAGAAGAGAUGAAGAGGAAGGAGCCCAGGCAGCAGAGUAGGACCUCCAAAGAGCUCAUCUUACAUACAGAUGGAUUUCUCAGCUGCCUCA